GUGAGUGUAGGAGUCGGGGAUUACAGUUGGCCGGAGUGAAAGCUCCUGCUCCAUGAUGGAUGGAUGGAUGGAUGGAGGGGCACAGGUGGGGAAAAGAGAGGAGCGAAAGACAAACGGGAUGAGGGCAGUUCACUGAAGAAAGCCUUAAAAAGAGAGUGAGCAAAGUGUGACAGAGACGGGACCAACAAGUAAACGUAAAGAAGAAGACGUUUUCAAACUCCGGCAGUGGAUUCGCCUUCUCGACCAUCUGUCCCCUGACUGCCUGCCUCGUCUCGGGCAGCUGGUUCAAUUCUUGGAGACUUUAUUUUUUGAGUGCUACUCGUGUCAAAGAAGAAGAAGAAGAAGAAGAAGAAGAAGAAGAAGAAGAAGAAGAAGAAGAAGAAGAAGAAGGGAUGCUGGGAAGUGAAGACAGCGUCUGUAGGUUGGAUGGGAAUUCACAGGUGUCAUCGGCAAAGAUGGAGUACGUCUCCGUGAGGCGGGACGCGAGGGAUGAGCAGAGGGAAGCAGAGCUGAACGUGUGCUGGGUCAGGGUGAGAUUCUGGAGCUUUUUCUGAAGAGUCUCACACUCACUCUCUCUCUCUCUCUCUCUCUCUCUCUGGGGUUAGACGGGAACUAUCUUUCUCUCUCACAGAGGUGAGAAGCUGCUCUUCACACACCGACAUGCACACUCACAGGUCUUCAUCUCAAAGCAUUCUGGGACAUCACACCUCGAAGAACAUCUGCCUCUGAGGGGAAAAAAAAGAAGAAAACUUCUAAUUCUGACCGGGGGACAUUCUGAGCACAAGAGGACAGCAACAAUUUGUCAGUUUGGUUUUAUUUCCCUCUUCUCCUUCCCCUCUGGCAUCUGCUCACUUCGAUCUCCCUCCAUCACUCCAUCCUCCUCCUCCCUCCCCUCACACCUCCCCCUUUUUUUUUUGUUUUUUUUUUUUCUUACCAGCGAGUGAUAAUGUGACCUUCUGCCAAAGUGCUGGAAACCAUGCCACCGUCGCAGCGGGCUCCUCUGUUGCUGCUACUGAAAUAGACUCAAACAAGUGCGGGGAGAGGAAGAAGGAAGGGAGGAGGGAGAGGGUGAAGGAAGAGGAGGAGGAGAAGAGGGCCAAAGGGGAGAGAAGGAAGAGGAGAAGGGGGGAGAGAGAGAGAGAGAGAGAGAAAAAAAAAAGAAGAAAAACAGGAGCAGGACAGCUGAAGCUGUGGACGCGGGAUGAGUGGUGACGAGCCUGGGCUGGAUGUGGAUUGCCAACACAGGCAGUAGGUGAUUGAGAUGGGCGUUCGUCUAGGCUGCUUGAGCGACUCCCCCUGGUGGCCGCCACCGCUGCUGCUGCUGCUGCCGUUGCUGUGCUCUGUGCCUGCCUGUUCAGGACGGCCAUUCGGGGUUCCGAUGCCUUCGGUGAACGUGGCAGUGGUGUUCAGCGGUUCGGCCUACCAGGCUGAGAUUAAGGGACGGCUUAGCCGGGAGAACUUCAUGGACCUGCCUCUGGAGGUGAACCCCAUCACCGUGCUGGUCAACAACACCAACCCCCGGGCACUGCUCACCCGCAUCUGCGACACCCUCUCCACCAACCGCGUCCAUGGCGUGGUGUUCGAGGACAACGUCGGCUCGGAGGCCGUGGCGCAGAUCUUGGACUUCAUUUCCACUCAGACAGCCGUGCCCAUCGUCGGCAUCAGUGGAGGUUCAGCUGUUGUCCUGCCAUACAAGGGUGAAGGCUCCAACUUCCUCCAGCUGGGCUCUUCCAUCGAGCAGCAGGUCAACGGCAUGUUCAAGGUGAUGGAGGAGUACAACUGGGACAGCUUUGUGGUCAUAACCAGCCUCUACCCGGGCUACGAAGCCUACGUGGAUUACAUCAAGUCCUUCUCUGACACCAGCUACUUCCUAUGGGACCUGCAGGACGUGCUGACCUUCGACAUGUCCGCUGACGGCAUGAACGACAUCCGAGCACGAAGGCUGCUGCAGCAGAUCGACACCCAAGUAUUACUGGUCUACUGCUCACACGACGAAGCUAAUUACCUGUUCGCCAUGGCGUCCGAUUCCGGGCUGUUGGGGCCGGGCUACAUCUGGAUUAUCCCAAGCCUGGCUGUUGGAAACCCGGACAUCCUCCCACCGGACAACUUCCCCGUGGGGCUCAUCAGCAUCAUCCCAGACCGGUGGAGGAUGAGCUUGAGGAAGCGGGUGCGAGACGGGGUGGCCAUCGUGGUGAAAGGUGUGCAGAGCUUCCGUAAACAGAGGGGCUUCGUUCCCGAGGGCCACAGCGACUGCCACAACCCCGUCAAGCCAUCAUAUGCCAAUGACACUCUGUUCAGGCACAUGUUGAACGUAACCUGGGAACACAACGACUUCUCCUUCAACAGUAACGGAUACCUGGUGAAUCCAGCCAUGAUCAUCAUCACUCUGGACAGAGAGAGACAGUGGGACAAGGUGGGGACCUUCGAGAUGGGGAUCCUGCAGAUGAGGUAUCCCGUGUGGCCACGUUACGGCUCGUACCUGGAGCCAGUGUCGGAUUACAGGCAUCUGACCGUGGCUACGCUGGAGGAGCGGCCUUUCGUCAUUGUGGAGUCAGUGGACCCUUCGACCGGUACAUGUGUCAGCAACACCGUACCCUGCCGGCGACAGUCCAACAAAACAGAGGCUAUUGUGGGUCACACAGAGCCGUACACUAAACUGUGCUGUAAGGGCUUCUGCAUUGACAUUUUGAAGAAGCUGUCCCGCAACAUUAAGUUCUCCUACGACCUCUACCUGGUCACCAACGGCAAGCACGGCAAACUGGUUCGCGGCAUAUGGAAUGGGAUGAUCGGAGAGGUGUUCUACAAGCGGGCAGACAUGGCGAUUGGCUCACUGACCAUCAACGAAGAGCGUUCGGAAAUUAUUGACUUCUCUGUGCCAUUUGUGGAGACGGGUAUCAGUGUGAUGGUGGCCAGAAGUAACGGGACAGUCUCACCGUCUGCCUUCUUAGAACCGUACAGUCCAGCCGUUUGGGUGAUGAUGUUCGUCAUGUGUCUGACCGUCGUUGCCAUCACAGUUUUCGUCUUUGAAUACUGCAGUCCGGUCGGGUACAACCGCAGCCUGGUCAGUGCCAAAGAUCCCGGAGGUCCCACCUUCACCAUUGGGAAGUCAGUGUGGCUGCUAUGGGGGAUCGUAUUCAACAACUCUGUGCCCAUCGAGAAUCCAAAAGGCACCACCAGUAAGAUCAUGGUCCUGGUGUGGGCCUUCUUCGCUGUCAUCUUCUUGGCUUCAUACACAGCUAACCUGGCUGCUUUCAUGAUCCAGGAGCAAUACAUCGACACCGUGUCUGGACUGAGCGACAAAAAGUUCCAAAAGCCACAGGAGCAGUACCCGCCGUUCCGCUUUGGUACCGUCCCAAAUGGCAGUACAGAGCGCAACAUAAGGAGUAACUACCCCGAGAUGCACUCCCACAUGGUCAAAUACAACCAGAAGGGAGUCGAGGAUGCCCUUAACAGCCUCAAAACAGGGAAACUGGAUGCCUUUAUCUACGAUGCUGCGGUGCUGAAUUACAUGGCUGGCAAGGAUGAAGGCUGCAAGCUGGUGACCAUUGGCAGCGGCAAGGUGUUUGCGACCACUGGUUACGGCAUCGCCCUGCAGAAGGAUUCCCGCUGGAAACGCCCCAUCGACCUGGCUCUGCUCCAGUUCCUGGCUGAUGGAGACACACAGAAGCUUCAGACUGUCUGGCUCACGGGAAUCUGCCGCAACGAGAAGAAGGAGGUGAUGAGCAGUAAGCUGGACAUCGACAACAUGGCAGGGGUCUUCUACAUGCUCCUCGUGGCCAUGGGCCUGAGCCUGCUGGUUUUCGCGUGGGAACACCUGCUCUACUGGAAACUGCGCCACUCAGUCCGCCAGUCGGAGAGUGUGGAUUUCCUCCUAGCCAUCAGCAGAGGGAUCUACAGCUGCUUCAAUGGAGUGGAGAAAACAGACCACAAUGGGAGCAUACCGAGUCCAGACGUCACCACCAACUACACACAAGCCAAUAUGCUGAAGAUGCUAAAGACAGCCAAGGACAUGGUGUCCUCUGCCAGAGUGGAGAACUCUCUAGACAAUGCCACUAAAACAAUAGAGAACUGGAGCAGGCGGGGAGCCGACAACGUGCGCACUGGCCUACCACCCAGAGUGAUGGCCGCAGACAUGACUCAUGGCCGCGUUCCCUACAUCUCCAGCAUCACUGACAACCACUCGCCAUACCCGCAGCAGGCCCUCACACCCACAUUUCCGAUUCAUUAUAGUGACGCCUCCACCCAGCCACUCCUCGAGAAGCCCCGCAUCGUGACCAGGCCCACCCCACUCCGCUACACGCUGCCGACCCGCAGCAGUCAGCACGUCUUAGAAAGGACUCUGCCCAUCUCCAGCCUCAGCAGCCCUCACAUCGCCAUGAGGGACCCUUCUCCCUCUGGUACACCAAACCCCCACCACAGCAGCAGGCUGUAUGUGGAGAACCCGGCCCGGCACCCCACAUCGCCCUUUGUUCCCUACAGGGACUUUCAGGUGCCCGAUAUUUACGUGGAGCACAAAGGGCCACUGAGGAGGAAGUUUAGUUACCCCCCUGACUGCGUGAGCCGGAGGAGGAGGUCCCAUACCUACGUGUUUGAUGCUGCAGACCCCAGAGUGAGAGGUGACUAUGAUGAACCUCGGUCCUGCCUUGCCGAGUUGAGGGCCAAUCACCUCCUGAGUAACCACACCCCCGAUGCUGCUCCCAUAUCCUGCACUGCAAGGCACUACCCAGGCAGCAGCACCAGCUGCAACUCUUGUAUGAAGUCAUAUCUGGAGCCCGAAACGGAUGACAUACCGCUGCUGGGGAAGGACAAACUCAACCGCCGCGCCUCAUUUCUCAGAGCCACAUGGGGAAAUGACAGAAUCCAUCAGGUGGACGAAACAAAGCCAACCACAUCCACAUCUCCCUCCACCCGCGUAGACAUGCCUGACCUGUUUCCACGCGUGGUUGUGACCAACCCAAAACCCCAAAAGCUAUACGGAAGUCUGGGGCACAACCUGUCCUGCUACUCGUUGGCUGCUGAGCCUGCAUACUUGGACCCAGCCCACAUGGGCUCCUACCCCUACAAGCAAAAGCUCAAGUACUCCGACUCCACCCGGCUGCCCUCAUACAGGGAAGCCAUCCUACAGAACGCUGCCGCCCUGCGCCGCUCCUCCUCCACAGUGGUGCACAGACAUUAUUCCACCUACCUGAACUCAUACACAGACUUGCCAGUUUACGUGGGGCCGUCCCAAAUGUACAAUGGUUCCAAGAACGUGUGCCACCUGUUUCCUUGUGCGAGCCACUGUCCAGAUAACACAGCGAUGCUGCCUCGCAUGAGCGACAGGCAGGUGAUUUACCAUAACAAUAUGUAUGGGGCUUAUGAUGGCACAGGAAGGAGACAGGACCCAGGCCCCGGAGGCAGAGAGCGGAGGCAGGUGUUGGUGGCUCGCAGAGUUAACAGUCCCUAUGUGCCAAAGCCCUGGGGCAGGGUGUCCAGCCUGGAGUCUGAGGUCUGAGCCACCAGUCUCCCUGGAUCUCUCUCACUGAGCCCCUCUGAGGAGCGGGUAAACCUGGGGGCUCUUCCCUCUGCCUCUGUUCAAAGCAAAAAUCGAACUCUACACCAACAGUGUAUUUGAGAGUGCUGACUCUCAAUUAUGAGUGCAAUAAUAUCAUAGGCAGCAAAAUUUAAAGGUGAGGACACGGACAUGCAAAUUAAUGGUGGGACUUAAUAAGCCAAACCUAUUAUACUUAUACAAAAAAAAGAAGGACAAAGCAGUGUUGGAAAGUAUAUAUUAUGUAAGAAUUUAAUCUAUCGAUUGUUAUUUAGAGGAUUUUUAAAUGCUGUGUUGCUAUGUGAAAGAAUUCUGGGAGACAAUAUACUGUAGCCUCUCAAUCUCAAUACAAUUUGAGACGUUUCUUUUCUUCCUCCCCGCACCCAGACUUUAAUUUCUAAUCAUUUCAAUAUUUAAUUUGAGAAGUAAAUUAUUAAGGUAAUUUUGUCGUCAAACCACUGACAUACUCUUCUGUGAAUUUUCUUGCUCCGUGACCUUGGGUGCAAAGUUUCUUCUGGGAUUUUCUGAAACUGCUCCACACGUCAUUCAUGUAAUUUGACUGGGAUUUAAAAAAGAAAAAAAAGGGUAUAGAAAAAUAAUAAUUGUCACGUGUAUUUCCAUUGUCACACAACUCUUUAAUAAUAAAGAACAAGGUCAUCUCAAGGACCUUUUGGAAUCAUCCGUCAUUUCAGUCUCUAUAUAAAAAGCUAUAUAAUGU